UAGUGUUGUGUAGUCGCAAAAGCAAAUUAAUUAAUAUGAGUGCUUAAAUUACAAUUAAAAUUACGUGAAAACACACGCUUGCGCGUUAAACUCGUAUAUUCGCUAUAUAUAAACUGAACGCCUGCUUGGCAAUUGGAGACGCGCCCCCAACGCGUAGCUCAUGUGCAUGUGUGUGUGUGUGUGUGUGUGCACGAUGUAACUACAAAUGGAUAAAAGCAGAGGUCAAAAGUGCACGCAGGCAAGAAAAAAGGGCAAAUCCAGUGGUCAGCAAAUGCUAGUUGUGACGUAAAUGGCAGACUGCGCUUUAAAUUCGCUUAUUGGUUGUGACCAAUUGGGCGGAACAUAAAACGGGACUCGGUGGCAAUUGUUUUUGUUAUGCACAGCGCACGUAUAUCGAUGCGAGUAUGUCUCAAAUUUUGUUGCAAACGCAUAAUGACAAGCAUAAACACGAGCUAAAAAUCCGAAGCUCCAAACAAAAUAUUUGCACCUGCUCACACUACAAAGUAAAUAAAAACCAAAACAAACAAAAGCAACAAUAAAAAAAAUGAUGUUGAACAAAUACGAAAUCUAUCAACGCACAAACAACAUGUUUCCCCACCAACAACAGCAACAACAACAACAACAACAACAACAGCAACAGCAACAACAACAUCAUCAGCAGAUCCUAGCAUCGCAACAUCUACAGCAGCAACAGCUCACCCACUCGCACCCCCACCCCCACGCCCAGCCGCAGCUGCACUCGCUGUCCCAUUCACUCUCCCCGCUGCAGUACAUUGGCAGCGCUGCGGGCAGCACUGCAGCAGAGCUGGCCGCUGCCGCCGCAAUGUUGGCUGCAAGCAAAGCCGAACGCGAGUCGAUACACUCGGGUCAGUUUAUGGUCUCACAUUUUGAGGCCGAGGAGGCGCAGGAUGAUCUCGAGGACGAUGGCGAGGUCAAGAUGUUGGACCCGGAGGAUCCGAGCCUUGAUAAAGCCGGCGAGGCGACUAACACCUGCCGCGACGUGCAGCUCUAUGUGCCACAGACUGUGGCGCAUUUUCCGCGCAUGGAUCUGGAUCGCGAGUGCGAUGAGAACAGCAUGGGCAUGAUCACCUCCCACCUGGAGAUCGAGACGUCGCUGACCAAGCUCUUCAAGUGCAUGAACCUGGCCUACAGUCAAAAGCUCACAUCGCCCAAAUGGAAUCAUUUUAAAGGCGUGCGUUUGCGCUGGAAGGACAAAAUACGUCUUAACAAUGUCAUCUGGCGAUGUUGGCACAUGCAAUUUAUACAAAAGCGGAGAACGCCGGUGUGUCAAUUCGCAUCGCCGCUGGACGUUGACAUACAUAGUAAUCCCCAAACCGUUGUGCUUGAGGGAAAAUACUGGAAACGUCAUGCAGCUGUCAUCAAAGCCGAAUACAGAAAAUGGCGCAAAAAUUAUAAAUCAAAAGCAACUGGCUGCUUGACUUAUGAUUCGAAAAGUGAAUUGGACUUUUUGGAAUGGUCACCGCUGAACGAUAGAAACUUAAUGCCAGACGACUGGACAACGGAUACAUUGUUCUCGGCAAUAAAUGGACCAUUUCCCUUUCCAGAUUCAAGAGAGAUCGCACGCGGUGCAGGCAUUGCGGACUUUAUACAGCCAAGUCUGGGCCCGCUGCAGCCGAAUUUAGAUGAUAUCGACAUUACCUUCUCAGAUUUGCUGACCACCACCGGCUCGCGCCUGCCACCCGUGCCCGAGGAGGGCACCGAUGCGGAGAUGCUCAAGAACGACGACUAUUGCCUGCAGGCAAUUGUUGGUGCUCCGCACACGCUCUACAGCAGCGACAAUAUGAUGGAAGUGGUGGCCAGCAGCAGUGGCGGCAAUGCUCAAGUGGACGCCAACAUGCUGGAGCUGAACACGCCCAUCAGCAACAUGCCCUAUGGCGACAUCGAGCAACAGUUUGUGGCGGCACGGCAACAGGCAGUCAGCGAUUCACAACAGCAACAACAACAGCAGCAACAACAGCAGCAGCAGCAGCAACAGCAACAACAGUUGCUGGGCGAGAGCCAAUCGCCACGUUUGCAUACAGUAAAACAUUUUGGGGCCAUCAGCAGCAAUGACAGCAGCAAUCGCUGUUCCGCCAGCGAGAGUUUCUCGAGCAAGAGCGUCAUCAACGGACGCAUUGCCAAGAAUACGCAGCGUUUAAUUCGACGCGAGCCGCACAACUACGACAAGGCGCAACCGACGCUGCAUCAGACGACCAUCUAUCAGCAGAUGCUGGCCGAGCAGCAGAAGAAUCAGCAGCAGCAUCUCAGCGCGGGCGCUGUCUUGCAGGCCUUUCAGACACCCCAACAGCAACAGCAACAGCAGCAGCAACAACAACAACAGCAGCAAUUGCAGCAGCAACAACAGCAGCCGCGUUUGCACUUUCCCACGCAGCAGCAGCAGCAACAGCAACAAAAUUCUUACAAUACCCAAAGUUUUUUGAGCAACUAUUCGGACAGCUAUCAGCAACAGCAGCAACAGUUGCCGUCACAGCAGCAGCAGCAACAGCAACAGCAGCAACUUAGCGUCAAGGUGGAGCCGCACCAGGCGGAUGUGUUGUCGUUGCUUAGCGAUGGGCCCUACAACUCCAUCAGCUACAAGCCCUAUCCGCAAUUCAAGAAAUCCGCAUCCACAGGCACCUUUUUGAAUGUGCCGCGCGUCCCGCAACAGCAGCAACAACAGCCGCAGCAACAACAAAGCUAUUUGCAACAAGAACAACAGCAGCCGCAGCUGCAGCUGCAACAAUCGCUGCCCUUGGGCCUAGGUCUAAGCACACAGCAGCUCAUGCAGCUGACACGCCAGCAACAGGCAGCCAAUACACAGCAACAGCAACAACAGCAGCAGCAACAUAUGCAGCUGCAACAGCAAACGGUAGCUAGUCUGCUGCUACCUCAACAACAACAACAACAGCAACAACAACAACAGCAGCAGCAGCAGCAACCUGCUGUCAGCGUAGCCUCCUGGGCGACGCCCAACAGCAGCAUCUUGCCCAAGGAAAUGCAUCGCUCCAACAGCCUCCCCCUAAACGUGUCGCUGCCGAAGCUCAUCCAUCACGAACAGCAGCAGCAACAGCAGCAACAAUUCGCAGUGCCCAAGUACCAUGCCAAGGGGAAGUCCCGCGUGCGCAGCAAUUCCAUGCACCAGCAGCACACAGUUGUUGCCGCCGGCGGCGGCUCGCCCGUCAACAAUGGACACGGCAACAGCAGCAGCAACCUGCUUGUCACCCAACAAAUGCAACAGGCAACCAGCGAUCCCAUGCUCAACAGCACGCUCGCCCAGCUGCUAACGUCGAAUACACGCCUGCAGGCAGCCGUGGCCAACAAAACACAGCAGUCAAAUUCUUCCGCCAAUGCCAUAGCCAGCGGCAGCAGCAACAACCAUCAGCAGCAGCAGCAGCAGCAAUCGCUGUACGUCAGCAAUGCAUCAACGUCGCCGCUGUCGGUGCCCGUGCCGACGCACCAGCAUUCACCAAAGAAGUCCGCCUCGUUGCCAGUUGCGAUUUCUGCACCGGCGCUACACAGUCCGCCUGGAGCGAAGAUGCUCGGCUUUGGGCAGGGCAACAAUCCCAAUUUGGGCAGCAGUCUGAGCUUGUCGCCGGACUCGCCGUUCCACGACUCACAGGACUCGCCGCUGCCGUUGUCGCCGACGACCAGCCUCAAGUAUCUGCCACGGGAUACACAGCGUCGCGCCGGCCACAUCCAUGCGGAACAGAAGCGACGCUAUAAUAUUAAGAACGGCUUUGAUACCCUGCACGCGCUCAUACCCCAGCUGCAGCAGAAUCCCAAUGCGAAGCUAAGCAAAGCGGCGAUGCUCCAGAAGGGCGCCGAUCACAUCAAACAGCUGCGCCAGGAGCGCAAUGUACUCAAGGACAAGAUCGAGGCGUUGCGAAUGGAGCGCGAUGCUUUAAACAACUCCCUCAUGCACCUGCACUCGGUGCUGCCUGCGAACGGUGCACCCGUUACAAGGCAGGGCACGGAGCAUGUGCGUCAGCUAUAUGAGGUCUAUGUACGCUACAAUACGAUGAACGAUUGGAAGUUUUGGAUUCUGGGUCUCAUUCUGGAGCCCUUAUUGGCCUCUUACACGUCGACCGUUUCCAGCGCCAGUUUGGAUGAACUGCGUCGCACCGCCUUUCUCUGGGUGGAUCAGCACUGUUCGCUUAUAGAUCUGCGACCUGCUGUUACGAACAAAUUAAAGUACCUAUCGAUGCACACGGACAUUGUCUCGGAGCCGCCCAGCACGCUGCAGGAGGAAGUGGCUAAGGCUCUGCAGAACACCAGUGGGCAGCAUCCGAAUCUGCAUGGCUCCUAACCGUUGUUGCUGCUCGUGAUAUGAAUUUAAACCAAUUGCUACACUAAAUCCAAUGUCAAUGCAAACCGUUCGCCCUGCUGGCAGCUACACAUUGUACAAAUUGCCCCGCGCGGGGGCAGAAAAUGCCACAACAGCCACCAGCAGACGCCGCUGCAACUGCAACUGCAGCUGGCGCAAAGCUAAGCAGCAUAUAGUGCCUAUAAUUCUAUGACUUAAGUGUAAAAUAAACGUAACGAUUUUACAAUUUUUUCAAAAAA